AUGGCAAGCAGUAGUAACAAAAGAUCAGAUAAGACCAAUCGUCGACGUCAACAUACAAGACAACUGUCAACUAUUAAUAAUUUAUCAUCAAACGAGUUGUAUCAACAAUGCGAGAUAUUAAAGAAAACCAUUCAGACAAUAAGUUUAAAUAAACCAGAAGCAUGGUAUUAUCGUCAACAAUUAUUAGAAGCCUAUCAAAAGUUAAUAUUAUUUGACCUUGAUUAUUCGAUAGACAAAAAAAUUGAACAUGAUUUAUGGAAUAUUGUAUUCAAAAGUCAAAUUACAUAUAAACAAGAACAACUGAAAGGGGAUAAACGAAAUAUAAAACGUAAUGAAAUUCAAACAAAUUUACAAUCAUUAUACGAAUAUGCAAGAGGCUAUUACAUGAAAUUACUUCAGAAUGUUGUACAAUAUUAUAAUUUUAAUACAUCAAUAUGUAAACACUAUAAUUUUUUAAAAGUUCCACAACGUUCAACAUCAGCUAUUGGUAUCGGUGAGAAUAUGAAUCGAAAAUGUAAAGAAGCAUCGUUAUUAUAUUUUACUCAACAUAUAUUAGUGCAUGUCGGUGAUUUUAAUCGUUAUUCAAAUCAAAUUGAUUUGGCUAAAAGUUUUUAUUUGAAUGCUAUUCAUAUUAUUCCUUGUUUUGGUCAACCAUAUAAUCAAAUUGGCAUUUUAUACGAAAUGAAAACAUCAUCAACAGCCGCACUCUUUGUAUCACUUGCACAAAAUCAAUUAAUAACAGCCUAUUAUUAUGUUCGUAGUAUAGCAAUUAAAGUUACAUUUCCAUUGGCAAUAACAAAUUUAGAAAAAUUAUUUACACGAUUAAAAGAUAUCUCCAUACAACGUUAUACAACUGAGCAAAAAUUAAAUGAAAAAGAUUUUAUAACAUUAUUUUUACAAAUAAUUGCCAUGAUUAAUCUAGAACAUGAUUUAGAUAAAGUAAAAUCAUUUAUAGAUAUAUUAAAAUUGACAAUGAUUAAUACAUUAUCAUCAUCAACAUCGAAUUUUGAUCGAACAAGUUUAUGUCAGAUUGUUGUCAUUGUCAUGUUUACAUUUCAUCGUGCGUUAGGUCUAUUACCAUUGCAAAGCAAUCAACCUCAACCACAGCAUACACAACCGGAUGAUGAAACAACGGCAAAUACAACAGCACGUUCGUAUUUAAAAUCAACACAACAAGAAAAACAAUAUGAUUUAAUAGUCACAUUAUUUGUGACGAUUAUUGAACAAUGUUUAGAAGCGAUACAUCUACCAUUAUCAUUGAUGGUUAUCGAUGAACAUCAUUUAUUACCAGCACUUUAUCUUUCAUUUGCCUACUUAACAUCGAUACAUAAACAAAAAUCAAAAACAACAACUGCUGAUAAUAAUUUGUUUUCGCAUCCAAUAUUUAAACAAAAAACGACAUUUUGGACAAAUUUAGCAAAACUAUUAAGAUCAUUUGGAGUUUAUGCGUCAAGUUUAAACAACAAUGAGGAAGGACACUCACAAAGUGAUAAAACACCAUCAUCCUCUACAACAACAAGCAUCACCUCAUCGUUAUUUAACCGUUGUACAGAUUAUCCUUUGAAAGAAGAGCGAAUGUUAGAAUGUUUUUUACCAUUAAAGGAUUUACUUGUAUCGUAUUCAUUUAAGAAAUAUUCUAAUGAAACAAUGUGUUUGAGUGAAAAAGAUGAACGACAAUUGAGAAAACUACGUCUUGUUCAUAUGAUAAAAUGUUUAUGUCAGAAUAAUUCUGGUGCAGUAAAUAGUAUAAAUCAAAAAACGAAUAUUCUCUCAUCACAACAAUCAUUCGGACAUUUGACAACAUUUGUAAAAGAUGAAAUUGUUUGUUUUGAAUCAACAUCGUUGCAUGAACAUACUUAUGAUAAACGAACAAUACAGCGUAAUAUUAGAGAGGAAGAUCCACGAUUGUACAAUCCGAAUAAAACAGCAAAGCCUGUUCGUGGAGCCAGAAACGUUGCAUUACGUCAGUUUCUUGAACCUGCCCUAGCAGCCGCUAUGGCAACCUCGUCUACAACUUCAUCGGUUGAAACAGGUUCAACUACGCAUACACCUACAAGAAAUGGAACGACAUCAUUGAACAAUGGUUCAACAUCUUCAAACUUGUUGACACAAAAUAAUAUCCCGCAGUUAAUGCAAAUAAAUACUGGAUUGGUGUCACAAGGAGUUUUAGCAUCUCAGCAGUUACAGUCAGCUAAUGCUCCAACGCCACUUCCUCCUCAACUAUCAAGCGGAUAUACAGGGAAUACGAAUUUUGGAUCGAUAAUGUAUGGAAGAAAUAUGGAUAAUGAGCAACAACAGGAGAAAACACCGCACGAAGCAUCGAUUCGCUCUAACGGUCCGUUGUCGAUGAUGAUGCAACAAAUGGACGAUCGUCAACAAGAUUUUAGUAUGGGAAUAAAUGAGAAUAGAUCAUUGUUUUAUAACGAACAAAUGCAUAAACCAUAUUCGGAUAAUAUUAACAUGGUAGAUCAUUCAUCGUGCUCGCUACUUGGAUGGCCACCUCAUCCACCAACGCAUGAUACUACGGAACUAAAAGAAGGAUCAUUUUUACGUUCUAACGAUUCAAUGUUUGCAACAUUAGAUUACAGAUCACGUUUAAGUUCUGUUUGGAGCAGUGGUAUUAAUUCACCAUUACAAGCACAGCCUUCACCUCCUUCAACAUCCAUCAAUAUACAAAAUACGACUAAUACUUCAACAAAUCGUUUUUCUUCGCCAUUCAUACAGUCGUCUUAUCCUUAUAACCAAAAUACAUCAUCUCAGCCGUCACCCAAUUAUCCCUCUUAUACCAAUCAUCUUCCACAACUUCCUCAUCCAACUCAGAUGUUAGCACCAGGCUUGAUGUUUUCACAACAUCAACCACCAUCAAUGAAUUCAGCCAAUUCAUAUCGGCCAAAUUUAAAUGAUUCAUUUAAAAAUUCUACCAUUAGUCCACCACCUGGUAUGAUGUCAAAUUUGCUAAAAGAACCAACAUCGAAUAAUAAUGAACAUAUGCAUCUUAAAACAGUUCAACAACAACAACAACAGCAACAAUAUUUUCCGAGUAUACUGUGGCCAAUGCAACGACAGCAAAUGCUCAAUACACAUAUGCAAAACGGUCAAGAACAACCAGACUGA